UAAAAACCUAUCCCCAGCUCGGCUAGUCGUCCUCAGAAACAUGUCCUAUGGUUAGCUUAAGAAAGAGAGUAGCUUAGUAGUUAGAAGCUGACUAUAGCGGUGUCCUUCUCCUCCUCUUAUAUGAAUUAAGAAUGUCGCGUACUGCUGUCGCGAGUCACAAAUAAAAGUGUUUAGUUUUUCGCUACUCUCGCGCAGCUAGAAGCACAAUUACCCACGUAGCUAUUUCGCGAUGGGAUUUUUUUUGAACUUUACCCCGGCCCUCAUAGUUCGUACUGCUGAUGGUGAGACACAACAAAGGCCAGCCAGUUUCGCACUUUUGAUGGUGCGGGCAAGGUUGGCUGCCAGUGCAGCCAGGCUCAUCGUGGGCUCCGUCUUAUUCUGUUUGCUGUUUCGCAGACAAAACGGAAACGAAAUGAGGUGGCAAGUUCUACAGCAAUAUAUCGAAGCACUGAUGUAUGAUGACAUUGAAAGGCCACUUGCGAUAACAUAUCAAUCGCGCGAGAUCAACAGUGAGGCACCGUGCAAGGAAAUCUAAACUCUCUUGGCCCUACUGAUUUCGGUGGCCAAGUGAAAUUCCGAAGAGGGGCGAGCGGCAAAAACGGG